AUGGGCAAUCUCCUUAGUAAAUGUCUACGUCUCCCACUCCACCGCCACCGUCCCCUGCCUGGCCGGGAUCGGGCCCUGGUCCGCCCCGCCCGUGAUCCCCAUCCACCACCUGGCAGGGGCCACCCCGCUGCUCCUUCACCUGCCCUGCACCCUGGGCGCAGGCUCUUCCACCAGGUACGCAGGCCUUUACCCGCCACCUUUCAUAUCGAGCCACGGAGGCGGUACCCCAUCCCGCAGGCUGCAUGGACCACUCCGGGCAUUCUCCCCUUGGUUAACUGGAGUAACCCUCCGAAAAAACCUGUCCUAUCGUCUCGUAAUUCAGUGAUGUUUGGGCACUCCAGAGCCAUCAGAAUCCCUCCUCCAGGGCGCAAAUUAAAACUCCAGCGUUUGCCAUCAGAGACUGCAGAGGGGGCUGCGGAGCCGGUCCCAUCCAGGGGCCUCCCAAUUUCGUGCUCCGAAGACAGUCGGAGGAAGGACACCCACCAGGAUCUGAUUCACUCCUCCCCUGACGGCCAUGUAGUCACCACCUCGCAUGGUCCUGUCAGAGAUGUGCCUCACACAGAUGCAGCCGUGCUCUCCCACCCAGCCCCAUGCUGCCCCUCACUGCAGGAGACAUCAGCCAAAGAAUUGUCGGGUGGAAACCAUCAGCCUGUCGGCAAGAAAGAGAAACAGACUAAGAAGCCUUCAGACCCGUCAUCAAGAAGCUCCUUGCCCGCUGUAGCUGCCAGCAGCAGGGCCUGCAAAUGGAAGAGACCCAUGCCACCUUCUCUGCCGCUGCUACCACCACAGCCACUGUUGUGGGUUCGUGGGGAGUUGCCCCCACCUCCUAAGCUUCCUUGCAUAGGUCUGGACAAAAACCUGAACACCAUGAACAAUACCACAUGUCAGAGGAACAACAUCAUGGGGGUCAGAAGAGACAUCAAAGCAGCCUGCUCGGACCCUCUGCCUGCCCCUGCAUUCUCCAUACUUGCAACAGAGAUUGCUAACUGUCUCCCGUCCAGCAUGAACACUGUGCAAGUCCCUAUUGCUCCAGCAGGCUUGGCUGACCAACCUGCCAGGCUCCCAAUCCCAUCUGUUCCUCCAUCUUUACCACCAGGUGUUGCAGUUUCCACUAGCUUGCCCCUUGGGGGUUCUGGUGUCACCUCCACUCCAGUAGGGAAGCCUCCUGCAAACUGCCACUCAGCUUCUGACGGUGAAGCCAUGGACACUACAUCUCCAUCUCAGGCUUCCAUCAUCUGUUCCUCCCCUGUGUCCAGGGACACCCAUGUGCCACCUUACAUAGUGGUUCUGGGAUCUGAGAAGACACCACCCGGUAGCAGGACUGUUGUGGCCCAGGUAACAUUUGGACACCAUGCUACUUCCACCUUAAAUCCAGGCACUGGGGGCCCACCCAUUUUGCCAGUUAGUGGAGCAGUGGGCCGAGACAGCAGCAUACCCACAGGUGGAGACUCUACCGUCUCCAUGACUGGUAAGUGUACUGGGGGCCUAUCCAGGCAGAGAAAACAUCCCCCAUCUGAAUGUGUUGCCAUCUGGGAGAAGAGGUGCCAGUCAAGAGAUCAGGCAGCCACCUCCUUUAAUCCAAGCAGCAAGGGGCCAACCCCCAAAAACCCACGUGGUGGAGCAGUGGGAGAUGGGCACACUCCUCCCAGAGAUGGAGCUUCAGCUGUUCCUGGCAGCCAUAAACCUACCUUGGACCCAUCGUUACAAAGGAAACCUGAUUCAUAUGAAAGAGCCACCACUCUGGACAAGUCAGGUGUGUCAGGAUGCAUGUCAGUCUCCUCCUCAAAGCUGAGCAAGGGGCCAACUGUCAACAACGCAGGGGGUGGAGCAGGAGGAGACGGCCACGGUCCCCCCAGAGACGGAGACACAACUGUUCCUGGGACCCGUAAAUGCUCCCAGGACUCAUCUACACAAGAUCCAAUCGCUCCAUGCGGAAGAGCCACACGCGUGUCAAGAGACGUGUGCGUUCACCCCCCACAGAUCCCCUGCAGCUUGCCGGGCCACACUGCCUCUGUCGCAGUGGCAAGUGGCAGCACUGUGUCUGUGCCUGGAGCCACAUGUAGUUCCACGGUCCCUCCCAGUAAAGGCGGUCCACCUGCCCAGCAGUCAGUCAGUAAACACGGAGGGGACAAGGUCGUUCUCACAAUGGGAGGACGUGGUACUCGUGCUUCCCGGAAGAAUAACUGUAGAGAACCCAAGGCAGAUCCAGCAAGAGCUGUCGCACAUGUAGACACUAUCACAUCUAUGAUGGCAGGCCUCUCUGUCAGCACCCCCCCUAAGAACACUGGGAGCUCACUUACCCCUAACACAGGUGGUGCUCCGGGGAAGAACCCCACGCCUGCUAUGACCGGAUACACUUGCGGUCCCUCAUCCGCACACAGCGCAUGUGCCCUCCCUAAGCACAGUGCAGGUCGUGCGAUGGGGGACACCACCAUGAAAUUUUAA